AGAAGUAGUCCCGAUUAGGUCUAGUGCCUAUGCUCUGAAAGCUCGUCCCAAAAGUCCACCACAGACACCCACAUUGACUGUCGAAACAGCUUCAACUGAUACCCACUGAACGAGUCCAGUAAUUCCCUUCAGCGCACUUCGACCUCUAUAACUAGCCAAUAUCCUUUAAUACCACAUCCAGAAUCCAAGCACGAUAUCGCUGAGGAGAUUCAGACGUCAUGGCUACACUCGGUGGAUAUCUCAACAAGAAAGUCCUGAUUGUUACAGCCGAUUCGCGUAUUCUUGUCGGAACUCUGGCAGCAUGCGACCAAACAACUAAUCUGGUCUUGAACAACGCCGUGGAACGAAUCAUCCGAACGCCCGACGAUCUUGAGCCUUCCGCUCAGGUACCUUUGGGUCUAUACCUCGUCCGUGGCGACAACGUAUGCUCGAUUGGUCUCGUAGAUGAGGCGCUCGACGACAGCAUCAACUGGACAGAAGUCAAGGGUUCAGCAAUCGGCGGUAUAAAACAUGUAUAGACUACACACUCGAAACAUCGGAAAGCGGUCCGUACUGCGACAUUUUCUCUCGUAUUAUUCUGUUUGGGGUACAGCAUCCACGGCUGGAGGUUCGGGAAUCUCUUUUCCCGCGGCAUCGAUAGGAUCACAAGGCGUUCGAGUUCAGGGAGUUUAGACAAUUCAUCUUGGCCUUCGCCACGGUAUAGGCUUUCAACAAUUGGAGAUAAUUUAUUUGACUAUUUAAGCUGACGCAAGAUCGACAACCUGGACUCUAUCCAAAGAUGCGCUGCAUGAGCACUUCCUUGAAGAUGUCAUGUCCGGGAGAGUCGAUCACACGGUUGAGACGGUUACCCUUGAGAACACUCAGCCAACCGUGGUCGUCACCAGGGACCUCAUCGAGAGUCAAGAUAUGGGGGUCCUCAUUAGGGUUUUCUGAGAGGGCGACUGCGGCUUCGGCAGGCUUCUUUCUGAAUCUGCGAUCAACAACAUGCAUUCCAUGUGUCCAUUGACCGCUGGUCUCUACACGGAUGUCCUCCAGUUUCUCGGGUGUCUUCCACUUAGGAUCAUCUCGAGUCAGCAUAUACCAUACCGUCAGAGGGUCGUGCAACGAAAGACCGGGCUCGUUUUCAUCCCCCUCCAUAUCCUCGAUCUUGCUGAAGGAUUUAGUGACAAAGUGUGACACCCACCGAGCAAGUGGGCUGCCAGCUUCGACGUGAGCCUGGAUGUUCUCCUUGAAGUAAUUCUUGCCAAUCAAGUGAGGGGUAGUAAUAUCGAGGGGGCAAAGUGUGAGCUUAAGCUGGCGGGAAAGUUUGGUUGGGUACGCUUUCAAAGUUGAAAGCUCCUGGGGAAUAGUCGGCAUCGUGGAGCUCGGCUUAGGGGAGGUGAGUGCGUAAACCCGAGCAGCAGCGACAGCAUCGGCGUAGCAGUUGAAUUCAGCCACGGGAGUACAGUUUCCCUCAACAUUUACCGCACCGCCCAUGACGACAAGCUCCUUCACACGAAGGAAAGUCUCGGGAUCUUCUGCGGCUGCUAAGGCAACAUUGGUAAGAGGACCAACUGCAAGGAUGGAGACGGUGUCCAUGGGGUUCUCUUUGAGGAUCCGGAGAAUCUCAUGGUGAGAAGGCGCCUUGGAUGGCGUAAAGAAAGGAGAAUAGUCUCCGGCUUCGUUGGCGCCAUCACUAAAGAUGCCUUUCCAGGUUUCAGCGGGAGACAAAUCAGGAUGAGCUUCAUGAACAUUAUGCAAGCCAUCUAUGCCGUCUACAGAAAUCCAGGUAUUAGUAAAGGGAACGGAUUAUCAAAGCAGCUACUGAACUUACGGAAGUAAUCCGCCAUCAGCUCUUCGUCGCAAAGGGGAUGGUCAGGGCCAACAGCCACGAUAGGCUUGUUUGCCUUCAUGGCUCCAAAGCCUUCGGGCUUGCCAGUGGACUUCCUCCACUCAAGUUCUUUCCCAAGCACGUGGAAGAGAGAAACAACGUUUCGGAGACAGCUGAGAAGGUUCUUAGUGUUGGUUCAUGGUAGUGAAUAGAAUUCAAAUAUAUAUUUACCUUUGGAGGGGGACAUUGCCGUAUGUGACGGACACCA